AUGCCGCCGAAGAAGAAGGACGCGAAGGCCGAGCGCGGCAUGCAGCGCGCGGCUGAAAAGGAAAAGCAGAAGAUCGUCGAGGACAAAACUUUCGGUCUGAAAAACAAAAACAAGAGCAAGGCUGUGCAGAAGUAUAUUAAGGGUGUGCAGCAGCAGGUGAAGGGCCCCCAGAAGGGAGGCGAGCAAGCGGCGGUCGCGAAGAAGAAGGAGGAACAGGAGAUGAAGAAGAGAACUGCGCAGCAGCAGGCGCUCUUGGCUUCGCUCUUCAAAGGCACGGAGAACGUCAAGAAGAUCGCAGAGGGCUCCAACACGGUGGGCACGUACGAUCCCAAGGCGAGCAAGGAGGGUCAGAAGAUCAACCUCUACACCGACCAGAGACAGCAGAAGAUGGAGACGAUGGACGACUGGGAUCAGGAGAAGCUCGAGCAAGUUAUCAAGACGAAGCACAACCGCGGGAACGAGCAGAACGCCACCGAAAUCAUCUGCAAGCACUUCCUGGACGCCGUGGAAAAGAAGCAAUACGGCUGGUUCUGGACGUGCCCCAACGGAGGCGACGCCUGCCGAUACCGCCACUGCCUGCCUGCUGGGUACGUGCUCAAGCGCGACCAGCCAGUUCAGGAGGCGGAGGAUGAGGAACCCAUUGAGGCUAUUGUGGAGCGCGAGCGUGCGGCCCUUCCGGCUGGAGGCACCCCGGUGACUCUGGAGACGUUCACGGCGUGGAAGCAGAAGAAGGAGGAAGAGCGCCGCGCCGAGGUCGAGGCGCAGCGACAGGCGGAGGCGAAGAAGGGCGGCAACAGAGGUCUGCAUGUCCUGACCGGCCGCGACCUGUUCCAGUACGAUCCGUCCCUCUUCGUCGACGACGAGGGCGCCGCGGGCGAGGCCGACUACGAGGAGGACGAAGCGGCCUGGGAGGCCGUCAUCAACCAAAACCAAGAAAACCUCGAUCGCGCCAACCGCGAGGCGCAGGAGGACGACGCCGAGUCGGACGACGACAGCGAGGGUCGCAAGAGAGAGCCGGCGACAGAUGGACAAGAGACUCAGGAACCGCAGACGAUCAAGGAGGACCUUUUCCUUCAAGAAGACGACUUGCCUGAUGACCUGGACGCGCUCGACGAUUGA